GUUCAGAGGACGGCGAUGGACGCGAGCGGCGGGUCGUGGUGGCAGCUCCAGUGCUGCAGUGACAACCAACUCCAGUCGAUCUUCGUCAUUUGUGGAUACACCGUCCUGAUCUUCAAGCUGUGGCGCUUCCCGCUUUUGCAUCCAUUCAAGAUCCUGUACUGCCUUCCACCGUCCGACGAUGCAACGUCAUGUUCUCCAUCUUCUAGGACGGUGUUUUUGCAUGAACUGGGUCAUGCGCUAGCUGUAUGGAUGACCUGCGGCAAGGUCACUUCGAUGGAAGUGCACCCGAACGAAGGAGGCGUCACGAGCUAUGCCGGUGGGGUCGCGCUGAUCAUUGUUCCUGCAGGCUACUUGGGGUCGGCUGUAUGGGGCAUGGCACUUGUGAUUGCCAGCCCGGAACGCCUGGCGUCCGAAAUCGCUGCAGGGGUCCUCAUUUUCUUUCUCGUUCUUUUCAUCUACUACGCCAAGAACGCGUACAUGCGGUGGCUCAACGCCGGAUUCAUUGUCAUCCUGGGCGGGCUCAUUGCGCUCGACCGACUCGUCGACGGCGGCGUCCACGCUCUUCGCUUCGUCAUCCUGUUCAUGGGCGUUAUGAGCUGCCUGUUCUCGAUCUACGACAUCUGGGAUGACUUAAUUGCUCGCCGCAUCAACGACAGCGACGCGUCGGUGUUUGCAAAAAUGACCCAUACGUCGUCACGGUGUUGGGGAGUCAUCUGGGGCCUCUUUGCCCUUGGCACGAUGGGCGGCGCUGUAUACCUCAACUUACUUGUCAUCCAACACGUAUUUCCGGGUCCAUCCAUCACGGCAAUUCGGCACCUGAGCGGCGCCACGACUGCCGCGCUCGCAGUCUCGGCAACCGUGCUUGGCCUCGGUGUCCUCCAUACAAUAUUCACCCGUCGAUGCAUGGUGCGCACGGGGUCCAACCAAUUUGGAUAUGUGGAAGCGGCAUAAACGUCAUCAACCCGUAGUCGUUUUUCACAAAA